GGGGCUUCAGCAAGGGAUUAAAGGCAAAGACCUCGCACAGAAGAGACCCACCUCGGACACAAGCGCGUUUCUGACCUCCACCACCUGGGUACUUUCAGCCUUUGGCUUCGUUUUUAACCUCAACUUUUUUCCUUCUCCUAACCCUGCGAGGAUUCUAACCAACACAGAAAAUCUUCAGGACUUCAAAGGACUUAAAAACAGAGCUUUUUCAACUUCUUUUCCAGUCCCUCGGGCACCCUGUCACCAUGAGCGCCACGGUCUCGCCCAAGGAGCCCCAGGCCUUCAAACGGGCGGUACGGAAGGUGAAAUGCGCCGCCAUGGUGGCCAACCUGGCCAAGAGCUGGCAGGGCUGGGCCACGGAGCACUCCGACCAGCAGGACGCCAUCCCCAGCGGCUGGAUGCCGACGUCCGUCCAGGAGGUCGACGCGCAGGCUCGCGGCAACGAGGUCAAGCUGGCCUUCGCCCCGCGGGUGGCGGCGGCGGGCGGCGGCGGCGACUCCGGCGGCAGUAAGAUCCGGGCCGGCUCCGUGAGCAGGACCGUGCAGCCGAAGCGCAGCGAGUGCGGCGGCGGCGGCGAACUGGUCAGCGCCCUGCGAGGCAAGAUGGAGUCGGGCCCCGGGGAGAGCAAGCCCUUCCUGGGCAACGAGUCGCCGACACGACGGCGCCAGAUGAGGGCGCUACAGAGCGCGGGGGGUGGAGGAGGAGGAGGAGGGUUCAUCCAGGACAGGAAGCUGUCGCUCCAGGACAGGAAGCUGGGGUCGAGGAGCAGCAGCGUCGACACAGAGGACAGCGGGCUGGGCGAGGAGGCGGGGCUCAGCGACCACGGCGAAUCAAAGACUGAGCGGGGCGACGCGCCGACGUCCAAACAGACCAACAGGCCCAAGAUCAAGAUCAACACCAGGAACGACGUCAAGAGACGCUGGCAGCAGUGGUCCGAGCAGCACAUGGAGGGCCAGAAGCUCAACCCCUUCAGCGAGGACUUCGACCAGGAGUACGCCAUGGCCCAGCGCCUCCGCAAGGGGGACGACGGCUACGGCCGACCCAAGGACGGCUCCAAGACGGCGGAGAGGGGCGACCGCGCCCAGAAGCACGUCCACAGGGAGAUGGAGGAGAUGGUGUGGAUCAUCAGAGACAUGGGCAUCAAGGACAAAGAGGGGAGGACCGUCAUCUCUUUUGGCCGCCUCUUCGACCGCUACGUGAAGAUCUCGGACAAGGUGGUGGGCAUCGCGCUGCGCUGCCGCAAGCACAAGAUGCUGGACUUUGAGGGCGAGAUGCUGUGGAAAGGACAGGACGACGACGUCAUCAUCACGCUGAGGGACUGAGGACGGACGGGACGGACUUUUCGGCUCGUCGACGAAAAAUGGCGCUGCGCACGCUAACUGCGAUGCUACAGCACGCGCGAAAAGGAAUGUUUGGAUGAGUCUGAUCCGGGCAGAAACAGCCUGUUGUGUGAAGCCAAUGCUGAAGUGUCUUAAAGCUGCAUUCUCUCACAAAACCAUGUUUUUGAACUAUUUAACCCAGCUUUAAUCUGCGUCAGAUUGUUUCGUCUCUCGGGUUGAUGUGCAACGUGUGAUAGUUUGGACUUAAAAUGUGUUUUGUCUCAUUUAGGACACUUACUGUUGCAAUUGAGUCAAAUGGGUCUUGAACAUUUCCGUUCAAAGUGAAGGGUUAGGGGUUAGGGUUAGGAAGUAAAGACGUGAGAAGCCCAGUUUGAGAUAAAUAUUCAUAAAUAUUUAGAACGACGACUGCGUGAUGCGGCUGUGAGAUGUUUGCUGUCUGAGUGUUGAUAUACGCUGUAUAUAAUAUGGCCGCAUGGAAUAAAGACCAUUGAAAGGCUCAUACACUCUCAUCCUCAUUCCACAAAAACAACAGCUGAUUACACUAUAAAACUCCUUUUUAAAAGUUAUUAGGUUAGGUUCAGCAAAAAGAGUAAAUGCCCCACAAUUAGUUAGAAGUAAUAUCAAGUAACUAUACAAUAAUAAUAGUAUUUUCCUCUACAUAACGUAUUCAUAACUUUACGUUUUGAUUAAAUUGACAUUGACCUUUUUUUCUUCCUUAGUCCUGCCCGCCUUGUUUUUAAAAGACGCUAUUUAAUUAUAAUAAUUUUCCACCUGUAGAGAAGCAUGAUUGCAGAAUCCACUUCAUGUUUGACACGAAGUGUCACUCACUACGCUGCUGAACUGCUCUAACCACCAGUUCCUUUGUAAUUAGUUAAGAAAUGGUGAUACAUUUAAAUAAAAAAAUAUAACAAUGGCAACCAGGAAAGAGGAAUUGGUGGAGGGGAAACAAGGUUACUUCCUCUUCCUUUAAUCUAGGGAUAAGAACCACUAGGGUGCAACAGGGGGCGCUACAGCUACACAACUCUCCGUUGUUAGCAGAGAGUUGUGUCUCCCCGUCGAUGAUUUGUCUCAUUUUGCAUUGUGCAUCAUGUGACUAGCGUGUGGAUUCGUCCCUCUCGCGCUGGCCUCGCAUGCGUGCCAUGCUUCCUCGCCGCACGCCAGUCUGCGCAUGUGCAUGCAAGUCAUGCCUCUGUGUGUCAGU